GUACCUUUUAACGGUGAAUUGAGCUUUUUAGGGAAACCUCCUAAAUUCUUCCAAAUAGUACACAUUUAACUAAUCAAUCAGUCAAAAACAAAUAAGAUAUACAUAGAGAGAGAGAAAGAAAAGGACAGUUUUUGUGAUACAUGUUCUUCUUCUUCAUCCUCUCAAAAUUUCAACUUCAUCUUCUCCCUCAUCACAUUUUUCCCUGUCCCUUUGUAAUCAUGAUUCUUCUUUUGCCAUCAUUACCUUCUAAAGGAGCCUUCUCUCUCCUCUCUUUAAACGAAUAAUGCAAAGGGAACACAAAACUCACAACAAACUUUCUUUCAUCUAUAUAACGCCUCUCUAUAUCUCACCCAUUAAUCAAACACGUCUCACUUAUCUCUCUUCUUCAUUUCUUCUCUCUUCAAGCUCCAAGAUGUGUUUAAGUUCUUCAGAAACAUUUUCAGACACACCCACGAGAUUAGUUUUAUACCUCAAAACACAAAGUCACGUUCGUAUCCCUCGUCUCUCCAGGAGGAGACGGAUGUGGCGGGAAGAGAAAAAGAUGGAGAUGAUCAAUCUAAAGCUUUACGUGGAGAAUCAAAACAUCAUAAGAGAGAACGAGAAACUUAAGAAGAAAGCUCUUCUUCUUCACCAAGAAAACAAAACUCUCUUCUCUCUGCUUCAGACCAAAAAACUCUCCUCUGUCCAUAAAUAAAAUCUUACCAUCAUCACCAAUCACUAAGAUCAUCAUAUUCUUCUUUCUUUACUGAAAUAAUAAUAAGAUCUCAAGGCUCCAAGAAAAAAAAAAACAGAAAAAUUUGGGUUUUACAAGCAAGGGUUUAGUUAUUAUUAGUGGGUAUACAUCUAAUUUUUAUCUUCUUUUUAGUGUGUCAUCUCUUUGUAAUCUUUGUAUCUGAGUUCUUUUGUUAAAUAAUGGUUAAUCUACUUUCUUAUUCAAAGUUUUGGAUAUUAAUCUUUUUAAUCUCAA